ACCAACCCUCAACGAAAGGCGAUUUUCUCUCUGAUUUUUCAUUUAUGUAGAAAAAUCUACGGAAAAAAAAAAGAUAAAAUUUCGAAACUGCGAUUGAAAGGAUAGAUAUGUCGUCGAAAGGGAAGGAGAAGGAGGUGGUUUAUGGAAAACGGAAGGUCAGCGCCGGAAGAAGCGGCGGCGUAACGGAGGAGAGCCGUCGGAAACGGAGGAACCGGGGUGUCCUUCAGUUCUUUGAAGACUCUGCUGAGGAUGAUGGUAGUGACGCCAGCGAUGGUAGCGAUAUCAAUGAUUAUGUUUUGCAAGAAGAACCGGAUCUUGAUGUAAAUAAAAAUCCCUGGAAAGCCCAUAACGUUCCAUUUGUCCCCAAGGAAGAGGUGAUUGAGGAAGAGUUUGACAAAAUGAUGGAGGAGAGGUACAGGGAUGGUGCUAGGUUUACGACGUUUGAGGAAGAUUAUGAAGCCAAGGGAUCAAUUGACAAAAACUCUACUGUGCCACCAGCCAAGGAUCCUGUUAUAUGGAAAGUUAAAUGUGUGGUUGGGCGUGAACGACAUUCAGCAUUCUGUCUCAUGCAGAAGUUUAUUGACAUGAAAUCACUAGGAACAAAAUUACAGAUAAUAUCAGCAUUCUCUGUUGAUCAUGUCAAGGGUUUUUUCUUCAUUGAAGCUGACAAACAAUGUGAUAUUAAUGAGGCAUGUAAAGGAUUGACUUACAUUUAUUCUUCACGAUUGGCACCAGUACCAAGCAAUGAAGUUUACCAUUUGCUCAAUGUCAGAACUAAAUGUUGUGAAAUCUCUAAAGGCAUGUGGGCUCGGAUAAAGAAUGGGAAGUAUAAGGGGGACCUUGCACAGGUUGUGGCUGUAAACAAUGAAAAGAAAAAAGCAACUGUAAAGCUCAUUCCCAGAAUUGAUCUGCAAGCAAUGGCUGCAAAAUUUGGUUCUGGAGUUUCCAUCAGUAGAACUGUUAUACCAGCACCAAAAUUGAUAAGUUUAAUUGAGCUAGAGGAGUUUCGACCUCUAAUUCAGUUUAGACGAGACCGCGAUACUAGCAUUGGUUUUCAAGUACUUGAUGGCAUGAUGCUAAAGGAUGGAUAUCUGUAUAAAAAAGUAUCUAUAGAUUCCUUAAGCUGCUGGGGUAUAAUGCCUACAGAGGAGGAGCUCCUAAAGUUUAGUAAUUCUGAUAAUAAUGAAUCUGAUGAUCUGGAGUGGCUAUCACAACUUUAUGGUGAAAAAAAGAAGAAAAAGACGAUGACAAAUGAAAAAGGAGGUGAGAAAGGAGAAGGCUCUUCAGGGUUAGGCUUGGAGGAUAGCUUUGAACUGUAUAACCUUGUCUGUUUCAGCCGGAAAGAUUUUGGGCUUAUUGUUGGCAUGGAGAAAGAUGAUCGUUACAAGAUUCUAAGAGAGGCUCCAGAAGGACCUAUUGUAGUGACUGUUGAGAAGCAUGAGUUAAAGAUUGGGCCUUUGGAUACAAAGUUCACUGCAUUAGAUAAGCACUCAAAGACAAUAUCCAUUAACGACACUGUUAAAGUCUUGGAAGGUCAAUAUGAGGGUAAACAAGGGACUGUUAAACAAAUCUACAGAGGGACCAUUUUUUUGUAUGAUGAGAAUGAAACAGAUAAUGGUGGUUUUUUCUGUUGUAAAUCACCAAUGUGCGAGAAAAUCAAGCAGCGUUCAGAUAAAUGCAGUGAGAAGGGAGGUGAUCCUGGUGGUACUUCAGAUUAUGGGGAUUUUGUAUCAUCUCCCAAGUCCCCAAUAUCUCCUGAGAAGCCUUGGCAGUCUCAAGAGAAGGAGACUAAGAGUGACUUCAACAGAGGGAACAUAGAUGGAAUGUUCUCCAUUGGUCAAACAUUAAGAAUACGAGUAGGCCCUUUGAAAGGGUACCUUUGCCGUGUCUUAGCAGUAUACCGUUCAGAUGUUACAGUAAAAGUGGGUUCCAAGCAGAAGGUUCUUAAAGUUAAAAAUGAGCAUCUUGCUGAGGUUCAAGGGAAGAGCACUGCUGCAAAUACAAAUGAGCAUGAUGGAUCAACUUCAUUCAAACCAUUUGGAUCAGAAGCUUCGACCGGAGAUUGGUUGAAUGGUGCAGGAACAUCGGCUGAGGGUGGCGGGUGGAAUGCUGAGAGGAGCUCAUGGCCUAGUUUCUCUGGGCCUGGCAACGCGCAGCAGACUGGAACUGUUAAUUCAAACCCAUCUGGUAAUGGGGACAAUGAUCAGAAGACUGAUGGUGAAGGCUCUGCAUGGGAUACCAAGCCGACUGCAAACCAGAAUUCAUCUUGGGGUGCAGCAGCUCCUUCUGGGGAUAAUGAUAACAAAACAGAUGGCGCAUCUUCUGCUUGGGAAAAUAACACGAGUACACAACAAAAUUCAGCUUGGGCUACGGGUGGCAGUGAUCAUAAUUCUAAUCGGGGAAGUUGGAAUAAUUCUGCUCCCAAGAUUGACUCUGGUGGCGGUGCAUCUGAUGCUUGGGUUAAAACUAUUACUGGCGGAGGUCCAUCAGGUGCUUCACAAGAUGUUGAUAAUGACGGUUGGGAUAAAGGUAAAGGUGUGGCUGAAGAAGGAUCAUGGGGGAAGAACAAAAAGUCAAGUGUUAAUGAGGGAAAUUGGAACAAUAAUGAUGUAGGGUCAAAUCAGCAGGGAAGUUGGGGGAUUAAGAAUGAUGCCAGUGUCGGUCAAGAUAAUUCUUGGGGUAAUACUGCGGAGAAGUGGAACAAUAAAGAUGGUAUUGGUGGAAGCAAGGGAAAUUGGGGUAGUUCAAAGCCUUCUGCAGAAGAUGCCAAAGGAUCUUGGGGCAAACAGGAUGGAGGUUCAUCACUUAAUCAGUCUGAUGGUUGGAAUAAAGAAAAGGCUGCUGAUGUUGGAACUUCUGGGGGCAAACAGGAUGGAGGUUCAUCAUGGUACAAACAACUUGGGGGAUCUUCAUGGGGUGUUUCGAACACCAAAUCUGGUGGUGGAGCUAUCCAGGAUGCUGGCCAAGAUUCUGGUUGGAGCAAAAGGAGUAGUUGGAACUCUGGUUCUGGUGGUACAAAUCAGGAACCUGGUUGGGCUAAGAAAAAUGACUCAGACUUUGGAUCUGGUGAUGCAACCAAAGAUUCUACUUGGGGGAAAAAAAGUGACUGGAACUCGGGAUCUGCAGAUGCAAAUCAGGAGUCAAAGAAAAACAGUUGGGGUUCUGGUACUACUGAUGCUGGUCCUGACUCUGGUUGGGGCCAAAGGGGCAGUUGGAACUCUGGUUCUGGUAAUGCAAACCAGAAUCCUGGAUGGACUAAGAAAAGUGAUUCGGGCUUUGCUGCUGGUGAUGCAACCAAUGAUUCUAGUUGGGAGAAGAAAGGCGCAGCAGAUGCAAGUCAGGAUUCAAACUGGGGUAAGAAGAGUAGUUGGGGUACUGGAACUGAUUCUGGACAAGACGCUGGCUGGGGCAAAAAAGGUGGCUGGAACCCUGGUUCCAGUAGUGCAGGUGAGGAUUCUGGUUGGAAAUCGAAGAGCAAAUGGAAUUCAGGAGCUGGGGAUGCAAACCAGGAUUCUGGUUGGAAACCGAAAAACGAUUGGAAGUCUGGAAGUGGAAAUGAAGACCAAAAUGAGCCUUUUAGUGGUAGGGGUGGUGGAAGUUGGAGGGGAGGUUUUGGUGGUAGAGAUGGUUCAGGUAGAGGCUUUAGAGGUAGAGGGGAUUCAGUCGGAGGAGGCUUUCGGGGUAGAGGUAGAUCAGAUAGAGGACGGGGCAGAUCUGACCGAGGAGGUUUUGGUGGUGAUGGUGGAGGUUAUGGAGGUAGAGGUGAUAGAGGUGGUGAUAGAGGUGGCUACGGAGGCCGAGGUGGCGAUAGAGGUGGCUACAGAGGUAGAGGUGGCGAUAGGGGAGGCUAUGGAGGUAGAGGACGUGGAAGGAGGGAUGAAAAUGGUGGUUGGAACAAUGGUGGUGAUUCAGGUGAAAAUAAGUCUUAUGGCUGGAACAAAGAGGGGAACCAGGGCUGGAAUGGAGGCGGAGCAAAGACCUGUGGUCAAUCUAAUGCGGACAAUCGAGGCCAAUCCUCCGGUUGGAGUCAGCCUGGUGGCUGGAACAAAGGAACUGGUUCAACUAAUGAAGCAGGUGGGAAUCAAGAUACCAGUUGGAAGUCAUCCAAUUCAUCCGAUGGGAACAAAUGGUCGGGCUGGAACCAGUCUACCUGCAGCAAGGACGUUAAAGAGAGUACCAGUCAAGGACAUGGCUGGGAGAAAAGUUCAGCUACUGCUGCUGGAGGAGGGUGGGGUGGUCGAGGAUCAGGCUCGGCCGAACAAGUUGAACCAAAAACUGCAGAUGAAGGGGCAUCAUCGGGUUGGAACAAGCCGAAAGACGGAGAAGGAAGUAGCGGGAAUCAAGACGCAUGGGGUAAGGCAUCGUCGAGCUCUUGGGGACAAGGGAGUGGUAGUAGGAAGGGGGGAUGGUAAUUUAUGUUCCAUGUUUGAAGGUGUCGUAGAUAUUUUUGUGUGUGCUGUUUCUGCAGUUCCUGAGCAGCAGGGAAAGGACGUGGC